AUGGCGGAUGAUCAAAUGGAUAUAGAUGAGCCUUUGGAGGCGGUACCUCCGGCUACCGGAGGAGAGAAGUCCAAGAAAUUUCAGAUCAAGAAGUGGACCGCAGUGGCAUUCUGGUCCUGGGAUAUAGCUGUUGAGAAUUGCGCAAUUUGCAGAAAUCACAUUAUGGAACCAUGUAUCCAGUGCCAGCCUAAUGCUAUGACAGAUACUGAUAACGAAUGUGUGGCGGCGUGGGGAACAUGCAAUCACGCGUUCCACCUGCAUUGUAUCAACAAAUGGUUACUUACAAGAAAUGCAUGUCCACUGGACAAUAAGACAUGGCAAUUUGCGAAAUAUGGGAAGUGA